AUGGAAGAGGACGAGGGCAGCGCCGAGGCGGAGGUGCGUGCUGUCUACACCGUCCCGGCGGAGCACGGCGGCGUGCAACACUCGCCGCGCGGCUUUGGCGAGCUGCUCUCGGACGAGCGGCUCAACCGGCAAGUGCUGCGGUGGGUCAAGCAGUGGGACGGGCACGUCUUCGGCAGAGGGGCCGCCACGCCGCUGCUGCUGCUGAGUGGCCCGCCCGGCAUGGGCAAGACGGCGCUGGUGCACGUCGUCGCGAGGCACGCCGGCUACCGCCUCCUCGAGAUCAACGCGAGCGACGACCGGUCAGCAAAGGCAGCGCGUGGUCAACGGAGCGGGGCGCAGCUGUGA